AUGAGGCUAACAUAUCGCGCAGGGCUCAUUAUAGGCGUUUCUGUGCUGGUUGCGGCGGGGAUUGCCGUGUAUGAGUCGCCCCAGUUUCAACAAUGGGUGACGACCUCGCGCCGGAAGAUUGCCUUGGCCCUACACAAUCUCGGCGAUGAGAUUCAACCUCGUGAUAUCCCACUAAGGGAGGAUAUCUCCAUGACCGAAGAGCCCGGAGAGAUCGCCGAGGAGCGAAGACGUAUUGCCCGUGCUGAGAUUAUGCGAAGAGGCGUGAUAAUCGAAUCCCGACGUGAAUCCCAGCACCCACAUCAGCCUCGCGACAGCUUUGAUGCGCUUGUCGACAAGGACGGAAACUUGCGUGAUCUGAAAGCUCACGAUGGCGAUACUCAGUUUGGCCAAGAUUCCGUUGCAAGAUCGACUGGCAUAGAGCCAGUAAACUCGGGGCUUGUUCACCGAGGUGGUAGACUAAUUGACGACGAUACUCCGGCUUCAACGUCUGUGGCUAAGGACUCGCUACAUAUCCAGACUACCUCGCCUACUCUUCAAAAUCGAGAUCUUCAGUUAUUGACCCAGUUAACGCCAACAUCUGAACACGCAGAGGAGAAUCCGUUCUUCGAUCCACUAUCUCCAAACUCACCCAUCGAAUCUUCUGGCUCAAGCCACACAGAAGACCACGAGGAGGUGUAUUACGCCCACCCCGAUGGUCUGAGCAGCUUGAACAAUAACGACAAUGUGCUUGUUGAGCUAGAUGGCUACGGCCAAGGAAAUGUUCGGUCACACCAUCAUACCUCGAGUGCUUCAUCUACAAAUGGAAGCUUCAGUUAUGUUGGUGGAUCCGAUGACGGGACGUCAGAUGGCACCCUCAGUGACCUUGGUAUAAGGUCUGUUGGCGGAGUUGCUACCCCAGCAAGCUGGUCUGAGGUGGGAAGUGUGAUAAGCAAUGAAGAUGCUGGUCAUCACCCAUUGUUAUAA